GCAGCAGCAGCAGCAGCAGCAGCAUGGAGGGCGGCGUGGAGGCGGCCGGCCCCGAGGCCGGGAACCUGGCUGGCGUCCGCCACGUCAUCUUGGUCCUCUCUGGGAAAGGAGGCGUCGGAAAAAGCACCAUCUCCACGGAGCUGGCCCUGGCUCUCCGCCACGCUGGACAGAAGGUGGGGAUCCUGGACGUGGACCUGUGCGGGCCGAGCAUCCCGCGCAUGCUGCGGGCGCAGGGGCGGGACGUGCACCAGUGUGACGACGGCUGGGUGCCCGUCUUCGUGGACCAGCAGCGGACCGUCGCCCUCAUGUCCGUCGGCUUCCUGCUGGAGCGGCCCGACGAGGCCGUGGUGUGGCGGGGACCCAAGAAAAACGCGCUGAUCAAGCAGUUUGUGUCGGACGUGGUCUGGGGCGAGCUGGACUACCUGAUUGUGGACACCCCCCCCGGGACCUCCGACGAGCACCUGGCCCUCCUGGAAGCCCUGCGUCUCCGCCGGCCCCUCGGAGCCGUCCUCGUCACCACCCCCCAGGCCGUGUCGGUGGGGGACGUGCGCAGGGAGCUGACCUUCUGCAAGAAGACAGGACUACGGGUCAUCGGAAUCGUGGAGAACAUGAGCGGUUUCGUCUGCCCUCACUGCACGGAGUGCACCAACCUUUUCUCCAGAGGAGGCGGGGAAGGCCUGGCGCUGCAGGCUGGCGUGCCCUUCCUAGGCUGCGUCCCCCUGGACCCCCAGCUCACCCAGAGCCUGGAGGAAGGCCAAGACUUCAGCCAGGAAUUCCCCAAGAGCCCGGCCUUCGCCGCCCUCACUUCCAUCGCCCAGCGGAUCCUGGACGGGACGUGGGCCCAGGCCCCGUGACGCGCCGGGGCCGGCCAGGACCCCGGCCCCUUGCACGGACUGCUCCCCGAUUCCCCGGGGACCCCUCCUCAUCACCCCCGGACG